AUGUCUAAACCAUCCGAUCUGCCCAUUGUCACUGUCGACGCAAUCUCAUCUGACUCAUCUGCACGGCCUAUAACGCAGAGUACAAGGCGGUCAGGAAACUGUACGUGGAGCGCAGUUGGCGUAAACAUCGACACCAUCUACCCCUACAUGCAAAGCUGCGGCGUCACAUACCCAUCAGAUGAGUUGUUCAAGCCCGAGACACCUAAACUCUACUAUGCUGACGGGGAGCCUCAGUUCGGUAGGGAGAUUGUUCUUAUGAUCGCAGCACCGUACGUCCUGGACCCACCCAACUGCUUCGACCAGGUCUCCGUGAACGGUGAACUGAAGGGCCUAAGCGAAAUAAGCAAGUCGCUGAUUGCAUCAGCAUCCGACCACUUCGUCAUCUUGAAGUUCGACAGAGAACUCGUAGGACCUGGCGAAACGCUGCGCCCGUCGCCGCCACUUGAAUGCCGCUGCAUCACCACCAAGGGUGUCGUCCUGUCUACCAUCCAGAUCUAG